UCCGCCCACUACUUUCCAUACCGGAAGUUUAGCUUUUGUUGUCACACUGGAAGAAAAUGGCUGCUGCCCUGAGUUUUUUUCAAUGAAGACACUGAAAUAACACAUUGUAUCUUGCAUUGGAAUUACUGUUUACCACUAUGCAACCAAAAAGACAGGUGUGUCCACAUGCCGUGUUGAUGUACAGCAGGGUUUGAAUGGUCUUUCUAUGGAGGUGACGGUGUGGGUCUAAGGUCAGACUGCGGCGUCUCCUGUCACUGACCCUGCAACUGGUGGAGGACCACAAUGCAACAAGUUUUGGAAUAUGCAUUAGAUCGGGCAGAGUACAUUGUCGAGAGUGCUCGUCAACGCCCAGCCAAGAGGAGAGGCUCGUCCGUGAGGAAGAGCCUGUACCAGAAGCUGUACGAACUGUACAUCGAGGAGUGUGACAAAGAGCCGGAGCUGAAGAAGCUGAGGAGGAAUGUGAAUCUCCUGGAAAAGCUGGUCUCUCAAGAGUCGGUGUCGUGCCUGGUGGUCAACCUCUACCCUGGGAAUGAGGGCUACUCUCUCAUGCUCAGGGGGAAGAACGGCUCCGACUCUGAGACGAUCCGUCUGCCUUACGAGGAAGGGGAGCUGCUGGAGUACCUGGAUUCAGAGGAGCUGCCCCCCAUCCUGGUGGACCUGCUGGAGAAGUCCCAGGUGAACAUCUUCCACUGUGGCUGUGUGAUAGCUGAGGUCAGGGACUACAGGCAGUCCGGCAGCACCAAGAUGCCCUCCUACCAGAGCCGCCACAUCCUGCUGCGGCCCACCAUGCAGACCCUGGUCUGCGACGUCCACGCCAUGACCAGCGACCACCACAAAUGGACCCAGGACGACAAGCUGCAGCUGGAGAGCCAGCUGAUCCUGGCCACGGCCGAGCCCCUGUGUCUGGACCCCUCCAUCUCCGUCACCUGCACCGCCAACCGCCUGCUCUACAACAAGCAGAAGAUGAACACGCGCUCCAUGAAACGGUGCUUCAAGAGGCACUCGCGGGCGGCUCUCAACCGCCAGCAGGAGCUGGCCCACCUGCCCACGCCCCCCCAGCUGCGUCUCUAUGACUACCUGCAGAGGAGGAAGGAGAGGAAGCCCGCCCCCUCGAUAGACCUGAAGAUCUCCAAGGCCGGAAACUGUGUAGACAUGUGGAAACAAAGCAACUGCCAGCUCACAGUCCCCAAGGAAAUCGACGUGGAAAAGUACGCCGUCGAGGAGAAGUCUGUGAAGUUGAAGGACUCCCAGCACACCGUGUGGCCCGCCGAAGAGGUGGUGGAUGACUACACGUUUGAGUGUGAGGUGGGUGGCCAGGCUCAGAGGACCAAGGUGUCCAUCUUCCAGUCGAUGGGCGACCCGCUGGUGUACGGCAAGAUCUACAGCGCCAAAGAGACCAGAGCAGAGGAGGAGAGCCCAGACCUGCAGCUCAUCCACCCACCCUUCCUCAUAGGAUCCAAGAUAGAUGCUGACCGGUUCCUGCACCAGUACAAGGGCGUGUAUGAGAGGGAUGUCAAGUGUCAGGUGAAGAUGUCGCACUACUCUGGACCUGUGGGCCAGGGCCACAUCUCCCCCAGCACAGAGGCUGAGGCUGACGGUCUGUCUGCUCUGGUCCAGUCAUCAGUCCUGGGGAAGGGGGUGAAGCAGCGGCCCCCGCCCAUCAAACUGCCCUCCAGCUCGGCCUGCAGCUCCUCAGGUAACCUGUACAUGUCCCAGACCACCAGUAGCCUGCUCAAGUGUCCCACGCCACCCCCGACCAAGGGGGCUCUGCUGAGCCGGAAACCCUCCCUGGAGCUGAGCCAGCCUGGCCUGCUGUCUCCCUCCGCCCUGUCCCCCAUGGUCCCCACUCAGCGCUCAGGCACCCCGAAGCCGUCCACGCCGACCCCCACCAACACGCCCUGCUCCACCCCUCACCCCUCCGACCUGCUCAUCGCCCCUCCCUCGCUGACCCCCACGCCGUCGGACCCCCCCCUGCUCCAGCCCCAGCCCGCCCUCCUGGCACCCUUCGCCCAGCCGCAGCUGGCCCUGAGCCAGGCCCUGCCCGUCAUGACCAUCCCCCUGCCCACCAUGGGCACCUCCAUCACCACGGGAACCACCUCCUCCUCCCAGGUCAUGGCCAGCACGGCCGGCCUCAACUUCAUCAACGUGGUGGGCUCCGUCUGCAGUUCUCAGACCCUGAUGAGCUCCAGCUCCAUGCUGGGGGCGGGCCUCAACCUGAGUGGACUCCUCCCCCCUGGGGGGCUGAUGCCCACCAUGCAGCCCACGGCCCAGACAGCGAGUCCCUUCGGUCUGAACAGCAGCCCAGGACUGAGGCCUCUCAACCUCCUGCAGAUCCCCAUCUUUAACUCUCUGCCACAGCAGCAGCUGUCCCAGUUCUCCCCCCAGCAGAGCCAGCCAGCCACGCCCAGCCCCCAGCAGCAGGGAGAGCCGUGUGACCAGGGGUCAGACGGCGGCCUCUCGACCCAGCAGACGGCCGUCAUCAACCUGACGGGGGUGGGGAGCUUCAUGUCCUCCCAGGCCGCAGUGCUGUCCCAGUUGGGCUGUGGGCUGGACGGCCCCGUGCCCUCUCUCUCUCCGCGGCUCCAGCAGCAGCAACAGCCACAGAUCCAAUUGCAAUUCUUGCAGCACCAAAUGCCGCCGCAGCAGCAAAUGGCUAUGGGGGCGUCGGCGGGGGCACCGCAGGGGGCGUCGCCACGGCAACAUACCGCCAGCCAGCCAAGAAGUAAGAGGAAGCGGAGCACGCCUCAGCCACUCCCCAAAUCAUGACAGAGAGCGGGGGUCUUAGCCCAACCCCUCCCUCCCCCUCCUCCUCCUCCCGC